GGCAGCCGCCCACUGUCCCUCGGGGCCUCUCAUCUCGCAGCUUCUUGCACCUCUCCGAGCCACAAUGGGGCUGCUGGAAUCAGAGCCCGGCAGCGUCCUGAACGCGAUGUCCACGGCGCUCAACGACACGGUGGAGUUCUACCGCUGGACCUGGACCAUCGCAGAUAAACGAGUGGAGGACUGGCCGCUGAUGCAGUCUCCAUGGCCAACGCUAAGCAUAAGCACUCUCUAUCUUCUGUUUGUGUGGCUGGGUCCAAAGUGGAUGAAAGACCGGGAGCCAUUUCAAAUGCGCUUAGUGCUCAUAAUCUAUAAUUUUGGCAUGGUUUUGCUUAACCUUUUCAUCUUCAGAGAGCUAUUCAUGGGAUCAUACAACGCAGGAUACAGCUACAUUUGCCAGACAGUGGAUUAUUCUAAUAACGUUAAUGAAGUCAGGAUAGCUGCUGCUCUGUGGUGGUACUUUGUAUCGAAAGGAGUUGAGUAUUUGGACACAGUGUUUUUUAUCCUGAGGAAGAAGAACAACCAGGUUUCUUUCCUCCAUGUGUACCAUCACUGUACUAUGUUCACACUGUGGUGGAUUGGAAUCAAGUGGGUGGCAGGGGGCCAAGCGUUUUUCGGAGCGCAGUUAAACUCUUUCAUCCAUGUGAUCAUGUACUCUUACUACGGGCUGACUGCAUUCGGCCCCUGGAUCCAGAAAUACCUGUGGUGGAAGCGGUACCUGACCAUGCUCCAGCUGGUUCAGUUCCAUGUGACCAUUGGACACACAGCGCUGUCCCUCUACACUGACUGCCCCUUCCCCAAGUGGAUGCACUGGGCUCUCAUUGCAUACGCCAUCAGCUUCAUCUUCCUCUUCCUCAACUUCUACACCCGGACAUACAAUGAGCCCAAGCAGUCCAAGACUGGAAAGAAAGCCAUGAACGGUAUCGCAACAAAUGGUGUGAACAAGUCAGAAAAGCAGCUAGUGUUAGAAAACGGGAAACCCCAAAAAAACGGAAAGCCAAAAGGAGAGUAAAUAGAACUGGGCCUUAACUGGUUGACAGUGAGGAAACUCCUGUGUCAUAUAAAAUUUCAGGGGCAACAGAAGCAGAGGGUCUGGGAUGGGGAGAAAGGCAGAUGUGGUCUAUGCAUCUUCAGACUGAGUAAACCUUUCAAUAUAUGGUACCCAGAUGUUUUAUUUAUGAAGUUUUUAUUUUAAACAUUUUUUUUUUUUUAUUAGCCUUGACGUUGUCCAGACCAAAGCAAUCCCAAUGUGACCUUGGAGCUCCUCCUCCUGCUAACUUAACACUCACCUGUUCAGUGGGUGGAAAUGUCACCUCUCUUACACUCACUCCUUUUUCAGUCUGAAUUUUAGAUGAUCACAGAAACAGUCUUAGGAAAAGAAAAAAAUUUUUUUUUUUUGGCAAAAUCACUAGUUUCCUACUCGUUGCAAAUCCAUUACCUGACACUUUCUUGUCCAGGGACAGAACCGUGGAUAUAUUUGACUUUCAAUUCUUAUUGAUCCCUGUGGUCAAAUCUCUCCACCUCUACUCAGAAUAUUCCUUUUUGGCUGUAAUUAAAUUUGAAAACUCUGCUAAAUCUCUGUAGAAUCUUAGAGGCUUGAUGAUGAUGGUGUUGGUGAAAAUAAGAAAGAAUAACAGUAAAAUCCUGUCUUGUUACCCAAAGGCCACCAUGACUGAACGGCACAAAUCACUGUGGGAAACAUUUUUUUUUUUUUUAAUGAGGAAGGUAGCUUUUGAAUACUCCUGUUAUUAGCAGAAAUGUAUUAUGAGAAUUAAGAUUAUCAUAUGAUUGAAACGUGAAACAACUCAUGUCUUGUAACAUCUAAGGUAUUCGCAUUUACAUGCAGUUAGAACUCUAAGGGAAUAUUGAUUUUAUCAGGCUUUCCUUGGUUUGAUUGGUGGCUGUUGCUGAUUUUUCCUAUGUGGACAUACACCUACCUCUUCUGUUGGAAAGAACAUUUAAAAUGAAAUAAAUUUACUUAAAAAAAAUCAAGGAGUCCUUUAAUGUAAAUUUUAACUUCCAAAUUUACUGCUUUUGUUUAUUUUGUUUAGUUUACAAAUAGCACACACCAAACAUUUCUGUGAUGUUAUUCACCUCUUUCAAUGUGUCUAGUUUUGAGUGAUGCUUACUUCCCUUGUGACUAUGUUGCAAAAAUCUUACUAAGUAGAAAUGAAGUGUAAAUGCAUUUUGGUGCAAUACCUUGACUCCUUGGUGCUAAUGAUGGCUAAAUUCAGUGCUUGCUGUUACAAGGUGUUACUUAUUAAUGCAAGAUGAGAAAAACUGAGACCAAGCCAGCUCUCUCAAGUCAAAUUUGGUGUUUACGAAAGAUGUAUUUCAUGUAAUAGACGCGAACGACUGGAAACCAGAAGAAGAGACGUUGUUCCACAUUUUUUUUUUUACAUAGGUUAAUUUGUUAUGGGAUGUCACAGAGGGAUCAUAUGGAAAGAGAAAAUGUGACAAAAAUAGCAUGAAUAUUUCUAAAUCUUCCAACUUGUCAAAGCUGCAUGUGUACAAUGUCUGCUGUUUGUACAGACUUGAACAAUAUUUUGUAAAUUAUAAAAUAUUUAUUGUGCAUUGAGAUUACAUUUUCCCCCGAAGGCAUGCAGUCAUGAACAUUACAGAAAAUUAGCAGCACAUCCAGUAGUGCGGUCUAAGAGGAUCAACACUUUGUUUUUUGCCAGUGUGUAAUGACUAGAGAUGUGUAAAUCUUUGUGAACAUUCUGUACUGGCUUCCUAGACCCCCCAUUCUCUGCUAUCAGAUUUCAGCACAAUAAAUAUUCUACUGCUGUGGGAAAAGUGA